AUGGAGUAUACUGAUUUGAACAGCCCAUUACAUUUUAUGAACGCUUGUAAACAGUGCGUAGUUGCAAUAGAUGAUGGUGUGGAAUCAUUUAUUAAUCACCUGACUGAUGAACAUGCCAUUCCAACUGAAUGGCCAAGUGAUAGAGCUUCACGGCUGACAGGAGAUGAAGCUAAAAAGCCCUAUACAACAAUUGCUGCAACUCGUAAAAAGCGUCGAAAAUUAACCACUCCUAGACCUUUGAAUAGCUUCAUGGCAAGUAUAUUCGCUCAGCAUAUUCGCCGAAACGUCCUCGCAAUUUUCGAAACGGCAUCUAGUUCGAAUAUUAGUCGCCUUUUGGGUCAGGCAUGGAGUAAAAUUCCAAGAGAGAUUCGUGCUGCUUAUGAUGAGGAGGCUUCACGUUUGUCAAAAAUUCAUAAUAAGGAAUUUCCCACUUACAAGUACCAACCUAGACAACGUCAUGCCCAAUGCUGCAAUGGUACAGCAGUUUCACCUCGUGUUGAUAUGGAUAUAGACGAAGACUACGACAAUGAUUUAUCACUUCCAACUCAAGUUCCUCCUCACACUUCCUCAAUGUCUGCAAAUCCUGUCCUCUCUUCUUCCGCGCGCUUAUCUAUUUCCAUACCUAAUUCUGGUCAGUUGUCUUCUUCAACUGUGGAACCGCGCCUUCCAUCUCCGCUAAAAUUAAAGCCCGAACCCCCAAGCCCGUCUUCGACUAAUUCUUCUUCACCCUUUCUUUCAUCUUCUAACUCUUCUAAUUUCAAGUUAAAGUUAUCCAUUCCCGAUAUUCGUCCUCCUCGAUUAGCUAAACAACCAUCAAAGUUUCUCAAAAUUGCUCCGGCUAAGAUAUCGCCUAAACUACCUGCUGCCGGUGCUGAUGCUCAGAAUAGUCGAUCAUCUCCAUGUCUAUCAACUUCAUCGCCUCCCUCUCGUACACCAUCUCCUGCUCAACAGCUCACGCCUAACCAUGAGAAUACCGUUCCCCCUACUGUUUCUUCCUCCAGCAUUGUUCAAAACACUGAGGUAACUUCUGCCCAGCAAAGAACAGCCGAAACUCUAGCAACCCUUCAUAAACUUUUAAAUCAGGCGACUGCUCAACAACAGCAGAAUCAGCAGCAAGCACAGUUACAAAAUCAACUUCAACAGCACCUUCAGCAGCAAUUUGAAACUGGAGGUAGGGAACAAAAUGUGUCGGCGUCGGCAUCGUCUAAACCUUGUAUCCUCCUCACGCCACUUCAAUCUGAAAUUGGGCAGCAGGCCAUUAUCUCCUGUACUCAAUCAGCAACUGUCCCGACCCUUCUAACCUGUGGGAAUACCAUCUACGUCGCUCUAACAGUCAUGCAUGCACCUGUAGUUCAAAACCCCAUUCUUAUUCGAAGCCAGGACAAUCAGGCUGUAGAGGUGUCGACUUCCCCACAACGUCAGCUUGUGGCUAAUCAGACGCCUCUUUUUGGUUCGGACUUGAUGGGUUUAUUGCGUGCAAUGGAUGCUACUCAGGCGCAAUCGAAUACAGAAUGCAGAUUAACUGAGUUAUUGCAAGCUGCUCUAACAGCAGCAGCAUUACCCACAGCUACAACAAGUCAAUGA